GCAUAGGUGAGUCAUAAAAUCUGUAUAAUUGUGAGUACCUAUAAGGAAUCCCUUUAUUAUCUUUUUCCAGAUCAAAAAAUUGAUUUAGAGACAUUACUUUUAUUUAACCGAAAUCACAUUAAGCAGUUUUGCAAGAAAACUCCGAAUAUAAGUUUAAGAGACCGUAUACUUUUUGAGGAAGUUGUAACUGUUGUACAGCGGUUUUGCAGAAUUAGGAAUAUUAACGUGACAAAAGUAUGAUUUGUUUUUCGUGUAAAAAAUCUUUUGAUACCUUGUAUAUAUUGAUAAGACAUUUUAAGUUACAGCAUGGUUUUAAAACAAAUAGCAAUUAUACUUGUUUAGAAGGACUUUGCUCGCAAUCCUUCACAAAUUUAAGUAGUUUUAAAAGACACAUCCACAUUAAACAUGGUAUUGCAACAGUGGUGGACACUCCAGACCACAAGCGUAGUAUACCCCAUUUCGAAAAACAAACAAAUGCUGUUAUCAGUCAGGCGCUUGACAAUGAAAGUAUUUCUUGUAGCAAUACCGAGAGCAAUACCAGCAUCGAGGACUUAAACGAACAUCAAAAUCUUGAACAGUACUUGACAUCCAUUACCAAAUUUUCCGCAAAUUUCACUCUAAGCUUACACAACAAAAAUAAUUUUGCUAAAAAGGAUGUGUUUUUUAUUCAAGAAAUGGUUACCGAAUGCCUUUUAAAGCCCAUUAUAGACUUAAUUAAUGCAAUUUUAAGCAAGAAAAUUACCCAUUAUCCUAAGUAUGAUUUCGAUUUGCAUGAGCUGUUGGAGCGUUUAAAAAAUCCUUUUCAGUUUUGUAAUACCGAUUACAAGUUGAAUAUGUGGUUAUAUAAAAAUAAUUUAGCCGGUGAUGUACUGCAGUACACCAUCGAUAAUCGUGUAAUACCAACAUUUAGGCAAGGAGAAGCCGUGUACGCUGAAAAAAAGGUUUGUGGAAUAAAAAUGCCACUAACGUUCCAAAUGAAAAAAAUAUUUUCUGAACAUAAUAAUUUGCAAAAAACCUUGGAUUGCAUAAGUAACAUUAAAUGUAGCAACGAUAAUACAAUUACUAGUUUCAUACAGGGAAAGCUUUGGCCCGAAAAAGUAAAGCAUGUUUCAAACGAUGCGGUAGCUAUUCCGUAUUUUUUAUACGCCGAUGAUUUUGAAGUUAACAAUCCCUUAGGAAGUCAUUGCUCUCCUAUAACAGCCUUAUACUAUUCAUUUCCAAUUUUUUUUAACAAUUCUAAGCUGGAAAACAUUUUUUUAGCCGGUCUAAUUGAAAGUGCGCAUGUAAAGUCUUUUGGUAAUAACGAAUGUUUAAAAACUCUUGUAGAUGAAAUCAUUAUCCUAGAAAGAGACGGCAUUACUAUCAAUUUGUCAGGGAAAGAUAUAAAGGUGUAUUUUAUGUUAGGUUUAGUCCUGGGAGAUAAUUUAGGCUUAAAUAGCCUCCUUGAUUUUGCUAAAUCUUUUUCAAGUAACUAUUAUUGCAGGUUUUGUAAAAUGCACAAAAAACAGUGCCAAGUUGCGUGUAAAGAGGACCCGGCAUUAAUGCGAAAACCUGAGCAAUAUGACUUAAAUUUUAAAUCCUCUAUUGAAAACUUGGAAUACGGCGUACAACAAAAAUCUAUUUUCAAUAAUAUACCAUCCUUCCAUGUAACAACAAAUUUUGCUGUGGAUAUCAUGCACGAUUUGUUUGAAGGAAUUUGCCAUUACAAUCUUUGUCAUAUUAUUAAUUACUACAUAAAUAAACUCAAAAUUUUUAAUUUGGAGCAACUAAAUCAAAGAAAACAGCUUAUAAACUACGGUCGCUACGAUGUCGGUAAUAUUUCACAACCAAUUAAUGCUGUUCACUUACAAAACCAACGUCUUAAAAUGUCGGCUAGCGAAAUGAUGACCUUUUUGCAUUAUUUUACAUUUAUAAUCGGUGAAUUCGUACCUCAUCAAGACCCAGUUUGGGAUUUUCUAUUAGAUUUUUUACAGAUUGUUGACAUUUUGCUAGCCCACAGUAUUUCUGAUGAAAGAAUUGCCUUAUUGCGGGUUUUAAUUCAAAAGAACCUUUCUAGUUACGUGUCAUUGUUUAAGGACACUUUGAAACCAAAGCACCACUUUUUACUCCACUACCCUAUGAUUAUAAAAAAUUCUGGACCACCGAGACAAUAUUGGUGUUUCAGAUUUGAGUCAAAACAUCGCGAACUUAAAACAUAUGCUCACGUUAUAAAUUCAAGGGUUAACUUGCCAUUGUCAAUAGCAAAAAAAUAUGAAUUGAAAUUUGCGCAUCUUUUUUUACAUUCAUCAACCACAGAGCAAGUCUCCAUUAUAUUUGAUAAAUCUCCGAGCAAGUCAAAUUAUUUGGAUUUUAUUUAUCAAACCCUAGAUAAAGAUACCAUUCUAUGUUAUUCUGAAAUUUGUUACAAAGGUUUCGUUUACCGUACGGAUGAUUUUUUUUCCAGCUAUUGCGGCAAUGUAGUGUUGGAACAAAUAAAAGAAUUUGUGUCUGACACAAACACUAACAAAGUGUAUAUUAUUUGUAAGGAAUUAGAAGUGAACUACAAUGCUCAUUAUGAUGCUUAUAUGGUAAUGGGUGAGAAGGAUUUAAAAAUUAUGAAUAUCAACUCAUUAUCUGGACCACCUUUAACCUGUUGCCAGUUAGCCGAUGGCAAAAGCUAUGUUCGUCUUAAAGAAUAUUUUUCUUAAUCAAUUUUUUUGCUAAGGAUGUUAAAUAUUGAAGGACACACGGCCAAUACAUCACAAAUAGCGGACUUGGUUGAUUUUAUUACAAACCCCGGCUCCGUCUCAGUUUACAAAAUUCAACCGCGGCUGCUAUUUGCUAUGUAGCGGCUUUAUGACGUAGUACAAUAUAUUUGGUUUAUUGCAAAGUCCUUCUAGGUAAAGUGUAGUUUUUCUUUACAUUGUUAGUAGGUAUAUUGUUGUAUAGACGUAGGAGUAAAAUAAGACUUAGUGUAACGUGUGUAGUGUUUCAAAAGUAGUUUUUAACAAUGGAUUCAUCAGUCAGUGAAAUACUUAAUGACGAUGAACAAAGGUACCUUUAUAAUAAUCUAAUCGGCGGUGACACUCUUCUCAGCGAUUCCCUUUUGGAAAAUGUUCCACCAGCUUCUUGUAGUACGGAAUAUGGAUCAAACGAACCAAAUCAUAACAAGGUAAUUUUAAACCUUGAUGAAAUUCAAUCUUCUGACACUUUAGAUCCUGAGGUGGACGAUCUAUUAAGACAAUGGCAGCUGGAAAGUUUGCGACCUUGUUUUAUCGAAAACCAAAUAGAUUUGACUGCAUUAAAACACGCCCAGCCUCAUCACAUCAAUGAGUUAUUAAAUAGUGUUCCAUUGGGGCUAAGGAUUAAGUUAGAACAAAAUAUUUCAAAGUGGAAAGAAUCCCAUCAAAACACAGCUGGUGCUGCACAGAAAGUAAAUUUAGGCAUCCAAAGAGAAGACUAUGGUCAUAGUACCAAUGAAAAGGAACAUACGUUUGGUGGUCUUUUGGAUUCUGUUCCAGAAAUAAUUAACGUGGAAAAAAUUCUUCAAAACUACGCCGAGGGAAAAACCAUUUUAAAACUUAUAGAUGGAGGAGUAAGAGAAAUACCGAUGUCACAAAAACAAACAGUUGUGGACAAAAUCGUUGAUUAUUUUAUACAACAAAACCAAAAACUGAAUGUAUCUGCUGCUAAAACUAUUAGUAUCCAAAUAAAUAAAUUAUUUCCCGAAGAAACACCGGAAUAUUAUUUUGCUCCCCAAACAGGGAAAGCCCCGAAAGGAAAGUUACUUUCUAAAUAUUAUAAUCAAGUGAGAAGAUUGACGGAUAGUGGAUUGUUAGGGAAAAAAGUAAAACUACGUUCAAGUAUUAAACACCGGAAUAUUGAAGAGCUACCAGCGGCCGAGGAAAAUUGUGUAACCAUCAAAGAAAAAUUAAAGUACGUGCAGGAAGGAGAACGUUGGGAACAGCUGGUCGUCAUGUGGAAGUCUGUUCAAAAUUAUAGGAGAAAAAUGUUGUUAGAAAAUCAAGAAUCCAGUAUAGUAAGCUUCCUAAACGAGUGGCCGGCUUUUAAAAGACCCUUGGGAUAUACACUAGUUGAUCUGGAUUUCGAAUAUCUUUAUUCCAAUGCAGAAUCAUUAUUUACUAAAUGGGAAAUAUUCUCGCGCAAGAUUUUUGACUACCUAAUGCCCAUAGUAAAAGAUAAAAGAUGUAAAUGUAUUCUUCAAAAAUUUGUGUUGGAACAGCAUUCGGAUGACGAAAAGGCAAUUGUGAUACUAUUUUUGCUACAUGCAGCUUUGACACCAACCUCAAAGAAAGUUACGAAAACCGAAAAUAAAUCAACGGUACAAAAAUUUACCAUUGGUGAUUCGCAAGAUUCCUUUAUAGUUUUUGGAAAAAGUGUGUUGGAAAUUGAAUCAAAACUACUGAGCAAAAAAAGCAUGAACCAACCGGUACAACCAUUAAUAGCAGUACUACAUGAAAAUGAGUUUUAUCAGGCGAAACAAGUAAUUGUACUUUUUGAUAAUGUAAAGUAUUACUUUGUGAAUAUCGUGCCCGCUUUAGAUUGUUGCUUUAAGGUAUUUCAUGUUUUUGAUUUUAAAUAUCCUCAAGAAUCUCUAAUCGUGUGGCAAUUUAUUCAAAUAUAUUUUUAUAAUAUACAAACGGCCCAUGACGCCGUUAUACCAAAACUUACAAUGUUUCUCAAAGAACUUAACAAAGUUGUGAAUUAGUUUACACAACAAAUGCUUAGGAAAUAAGUUACAAUAACUUUGAGAAAUAUUACAAUUACAGUAGGCUGAAAAAUUUUAGUAUGAUGUUUUAGUAUUUUGAGAAUGACAUUUUUAUUUCCAACAGUUUUUUAUCAAAACGGCACAGCCUACUUCCAUUAUGAUUUUUCUUGAUGAUUAGUAUAAACAUUUUGUUUCGGAUCAGUCACCCCUUAAAGAUUAUGUUUUUUAACAUACAUGUGUUAUUUUUUAAGAAAAUAAAGCCGUAAAUUAGAAAUGCG